GCGAUUCACUGUUUCACGUCAUCAUAUAGCGACAAACGUUUUAUUUUGUAAACAUUAGCAAACAUUUCCUGUAGACUAAAGCAAGGACACUCAUGGAAAGUCUUGUGAAGGUGCACGGAGGGGGCGGCUAUGACUCCGACUUCAGUGACGAUGAUGGACAGGGGGAGUCCUCGGAAAGAGGCAUUAAAAGGAAACGAGAGGAUGAAAUCUUACAGAAGCCAUUCCAGAAAGGUCGAAACCCCCAGAAGGCUCACCGGAGUUUACACACACAUGAAGUGGACAGAGAGGAAGCCAGAAACAGAAGAGCCCACCUGAUAUCAUUGAAUGCUUUUGAGCGACAUAAGAAGUUUGUUGGUGACUACAUACUUUAUUAUGGAGGACAGAUGGCCGACUUCAAGCGCACGGCAGCCAAAGACAAAACAGAUCACGAUGUGCUGCGGGAGAAUCAUCGUUUCCUCUGGAAGGAUGAGGACGAGGAAGACAUGACAUGGGAAAAAGAACUUGCCAGGAAGUAUUAUGACAAGCUGUUUAAAGAAUACUGCAUAGCUGACUUAAGCAGAUACAAGGAAAACAAGUUUGGAUUUCGUUGGCGGACUGAGGAGGAAGUUGUUUCCGGCAAAGGUCAGUUCCAGUGUGGAAACAAACGCUGCGAGAAAGAGGAAGGUCUUAAAAGCUGGGAGGUGAAUUUUGCCUAUGUGGAACACGGCGAGAAGAAAAAUGCAUUGGUCAAACUGAGACUAUGCCCUGAAUGCUCUUUCAAACUCAACUACCACCACAAGAGGAAAGAGGUGAAAGCGAAGCCCAAAAGGGUAUUGGAGGAGAACCAGGAACAACCACAGAAAAAGAAGCAGAAGAAGAAGAAGAAGAAGAAGAGGUCGUCUUCACAAUCCAAGAAGCAGAAACACAAGAGACACAGAGACUGUUCAGCCUCCUCCAGCAGCUCAGAGGAGACGCAGUACUCGGACAAAGGUAGCCUUCAUAACUCUUACGCUCACACACCUCUCCAAAUACCUCCCCCCCCCUUUUUUAAAAACACACACAUUGGACAUUUUCUGAUAUACUCCCCCAGGUAUCUAGGUCGAGGGAGGUCUGCCAUUUCUCAACUGUCUUUCUCCCUAUUCCUCUCAACUUUUUUGCCUUCUUCCUUUUCCUUGUCAUUUUGCCCUUCACUGUGAGCAGCAGGAAAUGAAGUAUGUCUUUGCCCCCGUGUCCCUAUUCUGUUUAUUCCAGAACCUGGAAGGAUUGAUGGGUGGGCAGUGGCGUGUUUGUUUCAUUCUUUCAUAGGCGUUCUCUACAUAUGUUGAUAUAACCGCUGAUGAAGUUUGAACCAUUUUACAACAUCAUGUCAUUUGUGUUUGGCAGUCCCCAAUGUUUUUUUUGCAUGCAGCUGUUUCUGAACCGUUUUAAAAUACAUAUUCAUAAAUAAUAUUAGUUCUAUACUAUUUUUAAAACUCCAGCCAUUCUUAAUAGAAAAUGCUCACUUUAGUCUAAACACGGUUUCAUCUCCUGCUUCUUGCCACACUCAAAGGGAGGCAUGCACUGAUGGGAUUUACUUGUUAAAGAAAGGUUUCAAUAUAGUGUUUCAUUGGAUAAAUCACUGCUGGAGUUUAGUUUCUUCAAGGUAAUGACAGACAUGCAAAGCUUAUUUCGAGAAACUCAAAGAAAAUUUGAGUACAUCGGAUUUUUCUUUUGGCUCAAACGUCCACUUGUUUUUAAGUAUGAACUGGUUAGAUUUAGGUUGUCAAGGCCAGUGCCCA